GGAGGAGGCGGUGUCGGUCACCAUGUUCUCCCUCAAGCCGCCCAGACCCACCUUCAGGUCGUACGUCCUGCCCCCGCCGCCUCAGGCUGAAGACAAGAGCAACACGGAACCCAAGAUUAAAAAACUGGAGCCCGUGCUUUUGCCAGGAGAAAUUGUCGUCAACGAAGUAAACUUUGUAAGGAAAUGCAUCGCCUCCGACACGAGUCAGUAUGAUCUGUGGGGCAAGCUGGUGUGCAGUAACUUCAAAAUCUCGUUUCUUACGGAUGACCCUAUGCCACUUCAGAAAUUCCACUAUAAAAACCUUCUGCUUGGCGAGCACGACGUCCCCCUAACAUGCAUCGAGCAAAUUGUCACAGUAAACGAUACUAAAAGGAAACAGAAGGUGCUGGGCCCGAACCAGAAACUCAAAUUUAAUCCAACAGAGUUGAUUAUAUAUUGCAAAGAUUUCCGAAUUGUACGGUUUCGCUUCGACGAGUCGGGUCCUGAAAGUGCAAAAAAGGUGUGCCUUGCUAUCGCUCAUUAUUCCCAGCCCACUGAUCUCCAGCUACUCUUUGCAUUUGAAUAUGUUGGGAAAAAAUACCAUAAUCCAGCGAAAAAAGUAAACGGAUUAGACCCAGGAGGAGGUGGUGGCGGUCAAAAGACUCCUCUUUUUGAAACUUAUUCUGAUUGGGAUAGAGAAAUCAAGAGGACAGGUGCUUCAGAAUGGAGAGUUUGCUCCAUCAAUGAGGGUUAUAUGAUUUCUACUUGCCUUCCAGAAUAUUUUGUUGUCCCAUCUUCUUUGGCAGAUCAAGACCUCAAGCUUUAUUCCCAUUCCUUUAUUGGGAGAAGGAUGCCAUUGUGGUGCUGGAAUCACUCCAAUGGUAGUGCUCUUGUAAGGAUGGCUGUCAUAAAAGAUGUCUUGCAACAGAGAAAAAUAGACCAAAGGAUUUGUAAUGCAAUAAUGAAAAGCCACCCUCAAAGGAGUGACGUUUAUAAAUCCGAUUUGGAUAAGUGUUUGCCCAAUAUCCAGGAAAUACAAGCUGCCUUCAUAAAACUUAAGCACCUAUGUGUUAAUGAACCUUUUGAAGAAACAGAAGAGAAAUGGUUGUCCUCACUGGAAAGCACUCGGUGGCUGGAAUAUAUCAGAUCAUUCCUUAAGCAUUCUGCUGAACUUGUGUACAUGCUAGAGAGUAAACAUCUUUCUGUAAUUCUUCGAGAGGAAGAGGGUAGGGACCUGAGUUGUGUUGUAGCUUCUCUCGUUCAAGUGAUGCUGGAUCCUUACUUUCGGACGAUCACUGGAUUUCAGAGUCUUAUACAGAAGGAAUGGGUCAUGGCAGGAUAUCAAUUCCUGGACCGGUGCAACCAUUUAAAGAGGUCUGACAAAGAGUCGCCCCUGUUCUUGCUGUUUCUGGACUCCAUUUGGCAGCUGCUAGAGCAGUACCCGGCAGCCUUUGAGUUUUCGGAAACUUACUUGACCGUGCUGUACGACAGUACCCGAAUCUCACUGUUUGGCACUUUUCUUUUCAACUCGCCUCACCAACGAGUAAAACAAAGCACAGAAUUUGCUAUAAGCAAAAAUGUCCAACUGGGAGAUGAAAAGGGCUUAAAAUUCCCCUGUGUUUGGGACUGGUCUCUUCAGUUCACAGUGAAGGAUACCACACUCUUCUACAACCCCAUGUACAUUGGAAAGAGUACACCAAAUGUGCAGAAUGGCUCUGUGAAAUCUUUCAAGCGGACAAAGAAGAAUUACAGCUCUACGUUAAGAGGCAUGCCCUCUGCUCUCAAGAACGGAGUCAUCAGCGAUCAAGAAUUACUUCCCAGGAGGAAUUCGCUGAUUCUCAAACUGAAACCGGACUUCCUGCAGCCAGCCGACGACCGGAGCGACGGCGUGGAGCGGUAUUUUCGAGACUGGUUUUCAAAGCCCGUUGACUUGCAUGGGGUAAUUCUGCCACGCCUUUCCGGGGCCCACAUAAAACUGUGGAAACUCUGUUACUUCCGCUGGGUUCCGGAGACUCAGAUUAAUAACGGCGGCUUCAUUACGGCCUUUCACAAAAUCUCCCUACUAGCCGACGAAGUAGAUAUGCUCAACAGGAGUCUUCGGCAGUACAAGAGCAGCCCUUUACGAGCUAGCUGUUCCGAACUGGAUCAAAGCAGGCUUUACUUUAGAGCCAGUGAUCCCAACGAUCCCGCUGGGACCCCGGAAUUUCUCUCCUCUUCAUUCCCCUUCUCCCCUGUAGGGAACCUCUGCAGGCGAAGCAUUUUAGGAACACCUUUGAGCAAGUUCUUAAGCGGUGCCAAAAUAUGGUUGUCCACUGAGACACUAGCAACCGAAGACUGAGGUAGAGCGAUCUUUCCACUCCGGGGGAAAAACCGUGCGUGUUUUCCCCGGAUUAACACCGCUAGCCGUGGCAUCUUAUGCUGUAACGAUUUUCUAUUCAAGAAUCGUAGAAAUUUGCACAGACGCUCUAAAGCAAACUGAAUCUUCAGUGGCAGAAAAACGUUUUAAGUAGUGAAAUUUUGUUUGGAUCAUUUGAGUUAAGCUCAUUUUCAGGCGGUAAGGAAAAGUUCCACUUGCCAAAACAGAAACCGAGGGUAGUCAUUAAUCAGAUGUAGGCUGUUGGCUAACCUUUCUUUCCUCCAACUAUUGACUAGCACUGCCGAUAUUAACACCAAAUAGCAAGUUAGGAAAGUGAAAGCAAAAUCAAGGACAAUAUGAAAUUACUAGAAUAUGUUGCUAGACGAACGUUUUGGGUUGCAAAAAGUACAGAUUGCAUUACUUCCACUGACACUUUAUCCGCAAUUUGUUGCGACUGAUGCAACUUGACACACAUGCAGUUUACCGGUUAUUUAUUUUUCUCCAAUUUGGUAGGGGGGGGGGGUCUCCUGAAGACCGAGCUCACCUUGAUUUCACCGGAACUAUAAGAUAUGCACUGUUAACCUUAAACCAUUUGCUGUAGAUAAUAAUAGCUUUAGAAGUGCCUUUAAUUGAAAUGAAUAAUGAAGAUGUAUAAAGCACAGGGAAAUUUAAUUUCGUUUGUAACUAGGGAGUUAAUGCCUCUGCUACCGCGUUAAACAUUUUUAUAUUGAAACUCGAAGCAAACUGGAAGUCAUCGCUCGUCUCUCCCUUUAAGCGGGAAAAUAGUUAAAUGCUGCGAUCUUACACGAAGCUGUUCGGUCUUAGCAGCCUUUCCUGCUCACCGAAAGAAGUCCACUGCUUACAGAAACUUUUAUCGGUGGGUUAUCGGCUUCUCAGUUCAGUUUCUAUUUUGGAAGAUAGGCAGCACCUCUUAAUUAACAUCCCAGACAGUUUAGACUGGGUUGAAGCCUUGCAUGCAAAAAGACUCCCUAUGGGAGUUUCUUUCUACUACCACUUUCCCCUGGCCCACCAAAAAAUUUCCAGCUUAAAAGGGGUGGUGGUAAGUGAACUCAUUUGUUUACACUUGAUUAAACUGCCAAAAUUCAGUUGGGGUUUUUUACAUUUAACCUUGGUAAGGAAACCGUUUUUCUAAAGUGGUGAGGCCCAGGAUCAAUAGCUGUUUUUAUAAGGUUUGUUAUGAUUUGGCUACUUCCUACCUGGCGAAUACUUUCCCUUUAAAAACACUGUGUGAAUGUUGGCCUCUUAAGCUCAGUUUUGUCUUUGAUCUAACCUUGAGUAAAUUUUAAGUACACUAAAGCCCGAAAUGCCCACCUGUAGCCUAGGAAAUAAGAGGUUUUCAUUUGUAUUGUCAGCUUAAAGGGAAAGACUAUUUAGAAUAAGCUUUUUGACUGAAAAGCAGCUCUAGCCCAUUUCUUUGAAGUCUAUAUUCCUUUUUUACCUUUAAUGUCUCCAGAGUUUCAAAUUAAAUACUGUUUCGUGCCUGGUAUCAAACAUUUGCUUAGUUAACAUAGUACCUCAAUACUGAGGAAUCAGCACUCUUCCCUUAAAAAUGUAAUUCAUCUCUUUUAGUUAACUAAUUUUUUUUUACGAGUUUAAAAUUAGGUACUAUAAUACCGUUUUUAAAAAAAUAUAUAGAUACUUCUUUAAAAUACUUAUUUUUCUAAUUGUUUUAUAGCAAAAUCCACUGCAUUGAUUAUGAGGAAUGUCGGACCUAAUGAAAUCUGAAAUGGGAGAAAUUCAAAAUAGUAUCUUUAGCUGGGGUGUAAAGAAGUGAUGGUAAUCCAACUGCAAUCAACUAAUUACUGCCAUGUACAGUACCAAUAAAACUUUAUUUUUGCAAGAAAUGUAGUGAAAGGUCACUAGGUAGUUAAUAACUUUGAAUUCUAUAAUUUCAGGUAAACACAGCUGACCAUCGAUCUCAGAUGGACAUUUAUACUAAAGCCAAAAAUGUCUUAACCUUUAACUUGAAAUCCUAAGAGAUGAAAAACACUGUUCCACCAAUUCCUUUUAGUCGCCAAACCCUCUUACAGUAGAAGUAAUUGCAAAUGGUUUAGAGGUAACUUAAAACUAAAACCUUUGUGCCUAAUGACUGUUACAUGUACAAUUGACAGGAAAUUCUAAGUAUAGAGCUUGUCACUAAGAGGGACUGACUGUGAAGGUGAUUUUGUCAAAUAAAAGUUCAUGCUUUUCCACAGAAA